CGUGCGAGAGAUGUAAUAUGGCGGAGAACACCGCCUCAGCGGCUCCGAGCCCGCGAGGGCUUGCGGAUGGGGAGGAUGCGGGUUCCCUGGAGGAGCGGAUGGCGGAAACGGCGAGAGAUGAUCAGGAGCAGUUUGAGUGCCAGGAACUGCUCGAGUGCCAGAUGCAGUUGGGGGCCCCUGAGGAGGAGGAGGACGCGGGCCUGGUGGCUGAGGCCGAGGCGGUAGCUGCCGGCUGGAUGCUCGAUUUCCUCUGCCUGUCUCUUUGCCGGGCCUUCCGUGACGGCCGCUCGGACGACUUCCACCGCACCCGCGACAGCGCCGAGGCUAUUAUUCAUGGAUUGUCCAGUCUAACAGCUUAUCAACUGAGAACUAUAUACAUAUGUCAAUUUUUGACAAGAAUUGCAGCUGGAAAAACGCUUGAUGCACAGUUUGAAAGUGAUGAACGAAUUACACCCUUGGAAUCAGCCCUGAUGAUUUGGGUGUCAAUGGAAAAGGAACAUGACAAGCUUCAUGAAGAAAUACAGAAUUUAAUUAAAAUUCAGGCUAUAGCUGUUUGCAUGGAAAAUGGAAAUUUUAAGGAAGCAGAAGAAGUCUUUGAAAGAAUAUUUGGUGACCCAGAUUCUUAUACGCCUUUAAAAAGGAAAUUGCUUAUGAUAAUCUCUCAGAAAGAUACAUUCCAUUCCUUUUUUCAACACUUCAGCUACAACCACAUGAUGGAGAAAAUUAAGAGUUAUGUGAAUUAUGUGCUAAAUGAAAAAUCGUCAACCUUUCUAAUGAAGGCAGCAGCAAAAGUAGUGGAAAGUAAAAGAGCAAGAACAACAGCUUCUCAAGAUAAACCUAAUAGUAAUGAUAUUGAAUUGGAAACUGAAGCUAAUUUGGAUAUAGGAGAAAGUGUUAGUGACAAACAGUCUGCGGUAACUGAAUCCUCAGGGGAUACAGUAUCCUUAUUGAGGUCUCACAAAAAUCUCUUCUUAUCUAAGUUGAAACAUGGAAACCGACAACAAGAUGUUGAUAAGAAAGAGGAAAGAGUGGAAACUCUUCAAAGUGGAAGAAAGAAAAAAGAGAACAGUAGGCAAGCCACUGAAAGCGAGAGAAUACGUGUUUUAAACAGUCAGCGUCUAACUCCUGGAAAACAUCGACCUAGAAAAAAACAGGCAUGGCUUUGGGAAGAAGACAAGAAUCUGAGAUCUGGCGUGAAGAAAUACGGAGAGGGGAAUUGGUCUAAAAUACUAUCACAUUAUAAAUUCAACAACCGAACAAGUGUCAUGUUGAAAGACAGAUGGAGGACUAUGAAGAAGCUGAAGCUGAUAUCCUCAGACAAUGAAGACUGAGUGUGUUUGCGGAGCCCGAUAAGACGGCAGUGUUUUAAACAUUUUGAUUCCUGCAUUUUGCAUGAAACUUGGUGGUCAUUAAUGUAGCUUAAAAUUUUGUUUAAAGCAUUACAGUAUUUUUCUGCGGCACAGUCAUUUAAUAUGAGGAUUUGUGCUGUAAGAGCAAGAUUAUAUACCAUCAUUGUAUUCUUUAAGAAUCUUUUCACUCUGAUAAAAAAAUAAAUUUUUUGAACCCUAGUGCUUUCAAAACUCCUACCUCCAAACCCUGUUCCAAUAAAAAGGUGAAAGCCUGGUAAGAGAAAAAAUAUAUUGCUGUUAACCUAUUCUGUGUCUGUGGGCUGA